ACAUCCUCGGCAAGCUGAAGCACACGAACCAAUCAUGUCUCGGAAGUGACUCCAUCGCAUGCUUCAGCCGAAGCCUGAAGGCAAUGAAAGCCAUUGUUCGAAUAGAAUAAACCCUUUCUCUUCACCCGUCACAAAGACCUCGGUGAGUCAUCCAAUUCCAGGACUGUUAUUCAACUUCAACAAAGCUCGGCUUUCGAAAUGGCAACGGCAGACGCAAGCAAAGCCGCCUCUGAAGCGCCAUGGUAUGCGGCCUACCCCGCUCCCAAGUCGGAGGUAGCCACCAUCUCGCGCGAAGAAGUCCUUGAGAUGCUCAAGACAACUCCGCUUGAGAAGAGGGACUUUAUCCUGGUUGAUCUGCGGCGGAAUGAUUUUGAGGGCGGCACAAUCCGCGGGUCCAUCAACCUCCCCGCCCAAAGUCUCUAUCCCACUCUCCCCACCCUCUAUGCCCUGUUCAAGGCAGCCGGCCUGCAGAAGGUCAUCUUCUACUGUGGAUCAUCCACCGGUCGUGGAAGCAGAGCUACGGCCUGGCUGGCCGACCACCUCGCUAGCGUGGGAGACACAACUAUGAAGAGUCUUGCCCUCGCGGGGGGGAUCAAGGGGUGGGCCGCGGCAGGGCAGGAAUAUGUCGAGUGGAUGGACGAGUAUGAUCCGGCCGUGUGGGCGAAGACCGGUGGGGGAUGCUAAAUAUUGAAGACCUUAAACGCGGAUUAGAUCAGUACCCGGUUGGUUAUUUGAAUCGUACAGUGUUAUGUUGGCGAUAUUGAAAGCGUCCGAAUAGAUCGAGUGUCACCACUUGCCAAGGACAAAACAUCCUUUGUCUGUCAA